AUGCAGGUCGCCAGAGGGAAGACGGUUUCAAACGGACGGAAGGCUAAAUUGGCCAAUUCGUAUCAAGAACUUCUCGACGAAUUCUCCAACAAGGAGCUCAAGUCGGUUGGGAAUUAUAACCUUGGGCGUUUGAUUGGCAAGGGAUCGUUUGGCAAGGUUUAUCUUGCCUCACAUAAGCUCAUCAAUGGCUCCAAGGUUGUGCUCAAGUCCGCAAACAAGGAUGAUUCGAAUCUCGCACGCGAGAUCCACCAUCACCGUCAAUUCGUGCACCCUCACAUCGCCCGACUCUACGAGGUGAUAGUCACCGAAAGCUUGGUGUGGCUUGCUCUGGAGUACUGCCCAGGGGACGAACUUUACAACUAUCUUCUUAAGUACGGGCCAUUGCCGAUCGCAAAGGUGCAAAAGAUCUUUGCGCAGCUAGUCGGUGCGGUUGCCUACGUACACCAGCAGUCUUGUGUACACCGCGAUUUGAAACUCGAAAAUAUCUUGUUCGACAAGAACGAAAAUGUCAAGCUAGUCGAUUUUGGCUUCACCCGAGAAUACGAGGGCCGAACGAAUCAACUCCAAACCUUUUGCGGAACAAUAUGCUAUGCGGCUCCAGAAAUGCUCAAGGGGGAAAAAUACGCGGGCGAGAAGGUUGACGUCUGGAGUCUAGGCAUCAUAUUAUAUGCUUUGCUUUGCGGCGAACUGCCCUUCGACGAUGACGAUGACGGUGCAACGCGCACCAAGAUCCUCACCGAGAAGCCCGCCUUCCCCGAACAUCUGCCCGCCGACGCAGUCAGUCUGAUGGAAGCACUACUGUCCAAAAGACCGUUCCCAAGACCAAGCUUGCCCGACAUCCUAUCCCACCCAUUUCUUGCCGAACAUGCUCCGGCGCAACAGGCUAUCCUAGAGGUCCACCAGCCUAGCCCAUUUACCACGGGCUUGGAGAAGGAUUGUCUCCAUCGAAUGAAGUCUGCAGGCGUCGACAUUGAUAUGGUCAUAGAGAGCGUGUUGGCGCAGAAGUGCGAUGCCCUAUCGGGAUGGUGGACAUUGCUACUUGCCAAAGAACGCCGGAAGCUUGCGCGGAGGGAAAGAAAGCGCACGGAGCGAGAGGCGGAGAGCAAAAGUUCACGUCGCGUCUCUGCUGCAUCGAGCAGACUUGAGCGCAUGGCGCCUUCGUUGCACGAUGUCGACGAAGACGGCGGGUUGACCAGUCAUUUCAUAAGUUCGAGAAGCCGCGGCCGGAGCUCUCGACGCAGCACACACUAUUAUACUGAUUUCAACUUCCAGGAGCUGGCGACGCAAUUUGGCGACCCGAGUGCGUGGAACGGUCUUGGGAGCCCUGACGAGAUCCCACCGACUCCGGUCGACAAAGACUCCAUCAGAUCCGCGUCAACGUCUACGCAUCGCCGUCCCGUGCCACCUCCCAAAGAGGGCAUUAUACGAAGCGCACGCUCUCGUGGUUCCACGCUCCACUUGGUGACAACACCCGAAGCGCUUGGCCAGAGCGGCCACCACCAUCACGACUCCCAUACCACAGCGGAAACCAAUGGCAAUGCAAAGUCCAGACCUUCGGAAGCGCCAGUCUCUGUCCCCAGCGCCGUUGACGCCCACGCCCGUGACCCCGCGAUCUUCGACAAUGAGACGGUCAUCGGCCGGUCUGCGAGGCCGCAAGUCCACGUCGUCGUCAGUCUCGUCAUGUCUGUAUCGAAGAGCGCGCAUCAUCGUGGCGCGUCCCCGCAACACUCUGUCAAGCUACUUCCUGCUACUCCAACGGCCCAAUCCUUUCCUUCCAACAUCCGUCUUGUCCGCGCCGCGCCCGCCCCCUUGAACUUCUACAAUGAAGGUAUGCCCCACAAUGAGUCCGCGGUACCAGGCUCGCCAAACCCAUUCUCAUCGGGUGUUCUGUUUGCAAGACGCAAGAAGAACAUCUUCAAGGGCCCUUCGCUCAACCCCGGAGGUGUCUCGGGGAGUGGUCACAGAAGCUCCGCAGCUGGUGGCCACUCGCGUUCUGCGAGUGGAAGUGCCAUUGCUCGGCGAUCCGGAGAAGUGACCAUCCAGGAGGAGGACGAGGACCACGAAGCAGAGGUAGAAGUUGUCGAGGAGGUGGAAAACUUCACGCCUGUCAUCACAAGACCGGGCGAAAUCGUCGAAGAACGCAUCAUCGAGGCGGACGAAGAACCGGAAGUUCGAGACGAUGCUAAUGCAGCUGCGAUCAAGACACCCUGA